GCUCUUCCAGCUACUUCGCGCAGGUUUCGCCAGAGUUCACGAAGAAGAAGCUGCGCAAACAGUGCGGAGCCGCCACGUCCCACCUGCGACAUGUCGUCCGAGGAGGCUUUACAAGGUUCCUGGGUCGAGCUGCAUUUCAGUGGAAACGUCUCCCAAAGCUCAAGUCACCACGGAAGUCAGGAGCAGAUCCCCACGUCAGGCCUGGAGGGUGACGUGGAGAAAAUGCUGCUGGACGCACAACACGAGUCGGGGAGGAGCAGCUCCAGGGGGAGCUCCAAGUGCAACAGCCCACUCAGAGCACAGACCCCACUUGUCCUGUGGAGGGGCUCAGAGGGAAACAGCUCACAGUCAGAUGAAGACUUCCAAGAAACAAGUCGGGAAGUAGAGAAUCUGAUGAAGAAAAACGCUGAUUGGAUCUGGGACUGGUCGAGUAGACCUGAGAACAAUCCACCCAAGGAGUUCCUGCUGAAGCACACUAAGCACUCGACCCCUCUCAGCAUCAGGAACACCAGCGUCAUGAAGAAGGGAGGAAUCCUCUCCGCUGACUUUCUGAAGCUUUUCAUUCCCUCAUUAAUCAUUUCUCACAUACUUGCUGUUGGCCUAGGGAUAUACAUUGGGAAGCGUAUCACCUCCCACAACACCUACUAAGUAGAAGUGUGGGGUCACCUUGAUGUGACCAUCUUGGCAUGCCUUCAAAUGGGAGCUUUUGGAAGAUCUAGGGAGAUGUGGCCGAGUGAAUUGAAAGCCUCAUGCGGCCCCUUGGAGAGUAAAGGAUCUGUCUUUGCUGUCUGUGGCUUCUGACACCUGAACACAACACUGACCAAUCAUCUGCCGCUUGCUGGUCGUCCCUUGUCCCGACCUGGAGACGACUGCUGCUUCUUGCUCUCUAAAUCUGAAAGUUAGGGAACUGAUAUAUAUUGUUUGCAAUUGUCUUUUUUUUCUUACUGCAAUAAGAAUUCACUUGAGGAGGAAUUUUCAUUUAAAAUUUUCCGAUCAUGGUGUGGAUAAACAUGUUUUUUUUUAUUAGCUCAGAGUUUGAGGGACAGAGCUUUGAUCGAUUGCUCAAAUCAUGCGACUGUAAACUGCAGAAAAUCAAAUGUUAACUUUCUACGCACAACUGUGGUCCAUUUUGUUCAACCUCCACAAUAAAAGCAGGAAACACACAUGUA